AUGGCCGCGUCCGAAGCAUCGGUCGCGUCGCCACAAAAAAUGUCCGUGCUUCGUCGGUUUGUUGUCCGCGUUUCGUCAUUCCGCGUGUCAGUGGCGUCAAAUUGACAGACCUACCUCGACCAAGUCUUCACCGCAGCACGUUUUAAGAUACCGAAGUGUACGGAGUCACAUCGCGGCAUCAAUGGUUCCGUAGUGGCCUCACGCGCUACCACCAGUCCGUGCGUGCGCGCGCAAGCGGUUUUGACCCAUCCGUGGAACGGAAGGAGUGUGUCGAUCCAGUCGCCAUGCCCAAGCGUAAGCGUGAGUUUAUACUGGACAUAUGGGGAGGUCCUCGGAAAAAGGCGAGCGUACUUUCUGCCAACUUGCGUUUGGCCAAGAGCUUUUUCUCCGGCUCGAGUAUCAACUACCGGACCCGGUGCACAAGCGGCGAGGAUCGCCUCUGCGACAUCUUCAAAGACCUGAACCUGUGGAACGAGUUCUUCUGGCAAGUGGGCCUCGAACUGAGGGAGCUCACGCCGGGUCAGCUGUCCCUGGUUGAAAUGCACGGCGCCUACGUUCCCCUGGAGAUGCCGGAACAGAAGCACGAGGCUGCCACUCUAUUGCAUCGCUUGCUCACGCUUCACCGCUGCAUCGUUUCGGUGGACUUGAACGGUUACAUAUUCAAGGGCCAUCACCAACUCAUAUGCGAUGCGCUGCGGAAGAGCCCCAGCAUUAGGAAGCUCAAGCUGUGCCUACUCACCAUGAACACGUACGCCUCGCAAAGCUUCUCAGCCGCGCUGCCGCACCUUAAACGCCUUCGUGAGCUGGAAUGCCGGCAGGUGCACUUCGACCGCACCUUCCUAGACGGCCUCGCCGAGUUUCUGGCGAGCACCGAGUCCCUCACGACUCUUACCAUGAGUCACCUGCACAUUGAGCGCGAAGACGCGGUAGUCAUCCUCCAGGGACUCAAGCGAAACAAUACCAUCACAACGCUGUCCCUCAACACCUGCAUACUGAGCCCGGUCUCAUCCCGGUGCGGCUUCAUGUUCGCAGACUACCUGCGCGAGAACCAAACGCUGCUCACGCUGAGCGUGACGUCACGAUACCUGAAGAACGUCAUCGAGCUAAGGCUCAUCAUUCGGGCGCUCUUUCACAACCGGACCCUCUCUGAGCUCAACCUGAUCCGCUUUUCCCUUGACAACGAGAACAUCCAGCUCAUUACCAGGUUACUAGGCCAGAACAAGACGCUCAGGAGGUUCCACAUGGUAGGCUGUGUCUGGUAUGAGCGUGCUCCACAGUGCUGCAUCAACUCGAGUAUGCAGCACAUGGAGAACUUCGGCAACGUCUCCAGCCGAAUUCGUCCCUGGCUGGUGGCCCUAACUGAGAACAAGACGCUCGAUGAGCUCACAUUGGACCUGUCCUGCUUCAAUUCGGACGAGUGCCGGUCCUUCUUCAAGGCGCUCGCCUCCAAUGCCACCCUGAAGAAGAUCACCGUCGAGCGUCUCCGGCGCAAGGACGUGGCAGAGAUAUGUCGGGCCCUCCGGGAGACUGGCAUGCGAGAGCGAUUUUUUCUUGGCAUCCAUCAUGUCAUACAGGACCCUGUGGCAACACUCACAGAGUGCAAGGAGUUGUCUUGUAUUAGCGUUGACUCGACCAUCUUGCACGACUUCGACCCACUGCACACCACGCUGUGCCUGCUUCCCUCGUGCAGUCAUGUCACCUCGCUCUGUCUGAGGGUGAGCCAGGAGCUGUUCAACAACCGGGUGAGCUCCCUGAUCGCGCAGUACAUCACGGGCACUACCGUGCUCCGCGAGCUGGAGCUGACCUUCUUCUUCGACUCUGGGAACUGGAACGCCGUUGACCGCCCCGAGCGGGCGCUGGUGCAGGCACUGUCUAUUAACAAGAGCAUACGCAGGCUGUUCAUUGGGGGUCUUUGCUUUGACGAGACUGAGACUGGCAUGCUAGCUGACAUGCUCCAGCACAGCCGGACACUCUGUGAUCUUUCCUUCUACCCGGACGACUACAAGUCGGCUGUCCUGCUUGUGCGGAAGCUGUCGCCCACCUUCUCCACAAACUAUACACUCCUUAGCAUGCGCCUGAGCAAGCGUCGCGAGCUGGGUGCCGACUGGUUCACUGUCGCGGAUGUGGUGCGGCGCAACUUUGCGCUAGUGACGCGUGCGGCCCACUUUGUCGCAGGGUCAAGGCGCAAGUACUGUGCUGCAGCUGCUGAGCUGGUGCACUUCAACCCCGCACUGGUGACGAAAGUGCAGGAGCUCGCAUCCGUUGACGAAGGUGAGGCCAUUUUGCGGAUCAAGAACAGCCUCAAGAGCUUUUCCGAGCUGGACGAGUUCAUGCGCAUGGCCGGGGUGGUGAAGGAAAGCGUGUCUUGCCACAGGCGCGAUGAUGGUCAGACGCAGUUAGUCGACCUUGGUCGGGACUGCUGGCUGUGCAUACGGCAGUACCUCAAGGUGGGGGACAUCCUGGAUUCGCAUUAGGCAGAUCUUUGGUGCGUGUGCCGUAGCUAAGUGGAGUGGGUGCGAAGUUGCGUGCCGUCUUUUCAAGCACCAGCACUGCACACACCUGCCUUGUGUACAAGUACAUGGCACUUCCUGAAGGCUGGUGCCGGGGCUGACUUUUGGCCUUUUUCUUUGCUUGUGUAGCCAAUCCAAAUGUGAGUUCUGCACUUUUUGCGUCACUGUUUGGAGACCGAAUUCAUUCAGAUGGUGUUUCCUUGCUUUCAGAAAUUGACAGAAUCGCAGUAGUGUAGUUUGACAACCUUUCGAGGGCGCUGUUAUUGAAUCGUUGAAGUUUUCACAUGCGAUAGCUUUGAGUAUAGGCAGAGCAGUUUUCACUGCGGUGACGGCACCUGCAAAAGCUGUGUACUGCUGCAAUUUGGUGUAAGUUUGCUGCUGUCUCGACACACGUGGCCUGCUACACCUUGCUGUUGGAGGCAGAGGCAGUUUCGUUUUUUUUUUUAUGUUUAAUCCUCACCGUAAUAUUUUCCCUCAACAUGUGUGUGUAGACUGGUGUGUGCCAUUGUAAUCACUGUGCUUGGCGUUCGUUCAGCCUGAAUGCUAGGCUACGUCACCCAAUCAUUGGCUAAUGUUUCGAGAUGUGUGAGAAACGUUGGUUGACAUACUACUGUUAGCAGAGGAUGAGUUUUGUAUUUCUUUUUCUGUAGCUGCGGGAGUUGUUGCAGCUUCUAUCAGAGCUCUUGCAGCGUUUGUUGGCACCUGUUUCACCAUACUUGGGAACAGUUUAGUUUCCCCGUGAAGUAAUGUGCAGUCCCCCCCCUUCCCCUCUUUUGUUUCCCGGCCACAGUUAUAGUCGGUUGCGACGUGAGAAAUGUCAGCUCCACAUACGCUUAUCGCUGACCCUCCUGCUGAAAAUUCGCAUAUUUAUAUGCUCCAUUCAAUAGUGCUUAUCAUCUUCGUGACGUCAAGCGCUUCUCGAGUGCUUCAGAUAACAGACUUUUCCCAUUUGUCACACAUUUGUGUCGCUGGUUUUGGUCAGGAACAUUCUUGGGCAAAUUUUGCGGUCAUUCUGACAUUGCGGAUGAGCAACACGUAAUGUUCUAUGAAGUGACAUGAGCUUUUAGCUCUCAAUAUGCAAUUUGCAGUGGCUGUCGCAACUUCCUCCGGGACAUUCUCAAAGAAUCGCUGUAGGAUGGGGACAGUGCCUAUAAAGAUCGUAGACAGGAGUCUGUAAAUGUGUAGGUCUAGUAUCGUGGCAGAGGAACGGCAAAUGAGGACUAUCGAGCUUUAUUGGUUCAUUACCCUGCCAAAGCUGCAAAAUGCCAAGUUUCACCGUGGCAGGAUCCUGUGAAAGCCCGAAAAAAGAAGCAAGAAGUGAAAAAAACUGAGGGCAAGGUGCUGGUCAUCCUGCAUGGGCUUCUGCAACGUCGUGCGGUCACCUUGCACAGGCCCCUGUAAUUGCUUUUGGAGGGAAGCUUUAUUUGGCUAGAUUAAACCGAAUUCGUUUUUCCCGUGUGCACAAUAACACCUGGUGCGCAUGUCUCACAGAAAUUGAGCGAGCCUAACCACUCACCGCUGGUCCAGUAAACAUGAAAAGGAGAAUACAUGGGUAGAAAACACUAAGAUUCAUGGAGAGGCGUAACCGAUGAUUGUGAAAGAUUUUAGCGAGCCAUUAGUAUUAAACAAGUUGAAUACUGAGGCUGCACAUUUCAGCUUCACCGGUUGACCAUCUGUAUGCCUUGUUAAGGUGGCGUCGUUCUUCAACCGCAGAGCCACUUAGGCUUUUCGUUUAGGGUUACCAGAAAGCUAAAAUGGACCUAGUGCACGAAUUGCAAUAACUUGGCCUGCCUACACAGUCCUUCAUUCUAGGACUUGACCAUACAUGAAGGCAGUUUGCUGUUGGUGAUGUAUGUUUGGGAGAUGCGGAUAGUUUUUCAACGCAUAUCUAUGUAUCCUAGUGAUUUGGCAGGUAAGGAGGUGUGUAGCCAGGACACCUAUUGAGGUUGACUAAGUGGAUAUGGAAUACAGGCGUUUCUUCAACAUGCCGGUCUUCUGAAGAAAACAUAGAUUGGCAGAACCUAAAAUAGACUGAGAAUGGCACACUGAUAAACGCAAUGGUUUUCGUCUUACUCCAGGUUGUAUCACCAAGAAUAUUUUUCUUGUUAGUUUGUGCUGGGACUGCUUUAUGCUCUCCCAUAGUAGAGUACCUAGUACUCUGAAUAGUUAACCACUUCUUCUAAACACGCAAAACAGACUGAGGUCGACCUGUGGAUAUCCUCAAACCUUGGCCUCGUGUCAGAAUGGGGCAGUGCCUAAAUUUUCGUCGAUGUGGCCUCAUCAGAUGUGAGGCUCACGGGACGGCUUUCAGCUCUCCCAUAGUAAAGUACGAAGUACUCUAAAUCGUUAACCACUUUUUCUAAACACAUGCGUGAAGAACAAGGGAGAGAGAACCUUGCUAAAUUAGACCACACUAUAUAGGACAGUGGUAAUCAAGAUUGCACUAAUUAAUACCAUGUCAAUUAAAACUUUGCUAGCAAUCUAGGCCCCCCUACAAACUCUGGUGUUUUUCUAGCCUUGCGACACUGGUGCGAGAAAUUCGACCCGUUUUUGUUUCUAGAACAAGCGCAGCGCGGCUAUUUAAAUAAGCCAGACUCCAUGUGGCCAGUUUCGGGAAAGCUUUGAAGCUUUGUCGCAGCAAAGCAGCAUAAACUGAAACACCAUCAACAAAUUUUCUGUGUCACACUGACAUAUAAGCCUCAACAUUUCUGCCCAAAAUUGAAAAAAAAAUAAAAAAAGGGAACAACACCAAUCAUCAUUUUCUCUUCUGUUAUAAUCUGUUACAACCUGAAAAAGAGCUGCCAGCUCUGCCCACAGAUAUCAUUGUCACACUUUUUGCUGGUAAUAAAAGAACCUUAAGACGCAAACAUCACGAACACACAGUGGCUCGCCAUCAAAGGUGCGAUAUGGAGUACCACUCUUUAAAAUCAAUGCGGAGAAAAACUGGACGCCUGGAAACCGUCUCGUACCUGAAGAGAGCACAUGUUGACAAUUUUAUUGAGGCAACUGAACGUCAGAAAGUUGCGAUUGUUCCCCUUUAACGUACCAGCAUAUAUUUUCGAAGGCAAGUUUACUCUGUCAAACAAAUCUCCCGUAUACAGAGAAGGCUCCGAAUAUGUGCCAAGUUGGUAAAUGCCAAUUUCUUUUUUUUCAUUAAGAUCGGUUUACUCAUGUUGCACACUGAGAUGGGGACACUAUCAUGACGUCGGGCUACAGUAUCGAUUCUGGCAGUUUCAUUCACCUGUAUGGCUAGUAGCAAUCGCACCAGGCACCAGAAACGUUCAAACCGGCCGCAUGUGCAUCAUCAAUGGAGCCCCAAACUGAAGCAGCCGUUGAAACAUUGCGAUAUCUUCUGGGAGCAUGCGAGGAAAAGCUUGUAUCGCGAGGUCAGGAUACAGUAGGAACCGAAGCUGGCUUUCAAGAACGUAAUUAAUUUUUCAGGGUGCACUCGUGCUUACCAACACAUUCUUUAGGCUCUCGAAGGCUUGGCCUUUCAUCUGACAUUAAGGAACAGCUGAAAAUAUCCGUGUCAGUGCUGCUGCUGCGGAAAACGCAUCCCGCAUAAUAUGACCCACACGUGCUCCUGACCAACUGCAUCUCGUAGCCACUUGAGAGUGAAUGUUGAUUUUUGAAUUUGCUGUUUACUGACCAUGUGUUUUUGUUUUUCACUUGUUUCAUCCCCAGGGGCGAUUUGUUUUGUGAACCCUGGAUUUCGCCCUGCUGCUUUGUUUUGUCUGAUGUAUUUGUGGCACCAAGUACGCCAUUACCAUGCUGGGGAUGUUAGCAGUGCACAAGUGCUGUGUUGUAGAGGUACUGUAAGACAGCGAGUAAAAUUCGUCAGAAUGCAGUUGCAGUGCUUGGCAUUGAGGUUCUGGACAUUAUGGGCCACCAGUGCACUAUGAUUGGUUGUUCUUAGCCGUAGCAAUUGGCUGCCUCUCAGCCCUUUGUGACUUGGCACCCUCGUUAGGAGAUGCGACUUACACCCCUGAACAAGAAAAGGGGAUCUUGGGGGAUAGUUUUUGUUCAUUAAAAACAACACAAAUUAGAAUUACUACACAAGCAAGCCAAGGAUAGUGUAAUAAAUAUAAUGAAAAUGAAGUAAAGUGGAUGAAAUGUUGGCUUGCUGCUAGCAGGGACUUAACCUGCGCAUUCAAAUGAUGCGCCCGAAGCUCUACCAACCGAGAUAGAGCGGCAGUCAUCCACCUUCCCUCCAAAGGGGCGUUGCCAGGGGGUUGGCACACUGGGCCUGUGCCCUCUGACCCCUGAAAAAGUUUCUGGCUACGCUUCUGUCCCUCUGUCCACAUCAUGUGGUAUAUAUGGGCAAGAGUAGGACAAGAGUAAGAAAAUGGGCAAAAGUAGGAAAAAAAAAACAAUAGGAGAGGGUGAUGAUGAGUAGCAUCAGUGAAAAAAUAUAUGUGCUGUAUCUACAGUCUUGCCUUUAGAGUGUCCUUGAACCAUCUCAACCCUUUAAGUUUGCCACGAAAACAGCAAGAUACAUUGUGCAUAGGAAUAGUUAGGUUUUCCUUACAAACAUCGUCUCAAACUAAUUAGCUGCACACAGCUCCAGCCGCCCACUCAGUUGAAGGCCUUAUGAUAGUGAACGGCUCGGCCGGUGUUCUCCGUUUCACUAACAAUAUAAAAAAUAUUUCUUGUUGCUCUAUACACAACAAAAACAAAUCGUGUAUGCAUCUCGCCUAUGAUUUUACUCUUUUUACAUGAAAAUGAAUCAUGAAUUACUAUAUAAUCAUAAUUGCAUGCUAAUUAUAAUAAACUUCUCCAAGGCACAUAAGAAACACAUACCUUCAUUUCUUAAUGGAGUGUAAAUACAGAGCCUUAGCGUUACAUUGUGCAAACUUGGCGAAUUUGCAGACAGUAGAUCGUACUUCAAGCCAGAAGGGGCUAAGGAGAGGACAAACUUUGUCAAGUUCAGAAUCGUGUAAAUGAUGAACGACGAAAUUGGUUAAUCCAGAGCUUUUUUUUUAGUGAAGUGCGUAGAUGAUGUGGAAUGCUGCUGCAGUCCGGACUUCUUAUAUAUGAUGUGUGUGCAUUUUACAUGUGCUCGUGCUACGCCCAUAUCGCUAGCGGCUGCCCACGAGCACAAAGCACUGGCUUCCGUUUUUUUCUGCUAGCAGUCCAUUUUAUAAAUGCUAUUUUCUGCUGCGGGUGUGGGGCUUUAAGUCGCGCCUGAAAAGGAAAAUUGCGAAUCGGAGGGUUGAGCUUCGCUGAAAGUGAUUUUGGAAAUGCCUUUAGUGACAGCAGCAAGGCUUCUUGCGUGCGGUGAGGUUUUCUUUUGUAAUCGUGUAAUAUUUUUUUCUUUAUUGUGAUCAUCUUUAUAAGAAAAUUUUCGUGCUGGAAAGUAAAGAACACAUCGAUUGUAAGAGCCUGUUCUCUUUGAGAGUGAGUGAUGUAGAACUGGCAUUGGACAGCAAAGGCGUGUGCAAAGAGAGUCUUUGGUGCAGUGCAGAGAAAUAUAAUUUUUUUUUGGAAAUCUUUGCAAUCAAAUUUUUUCAGUACUAUUGUGUUGUCUGUUUAUGCAAAAAAGAAGUACUCACUUUUUUGUGAGCUUAUAAAAUUUAUUUACCAUCCUCAAGGGGAUUAAAACUGUGGUGUGCGUGUUUUGAUGGGGGGUCGGUACAUCAAUCUGUUAGUUUGUGCUUGCGUGAGUCUUUCUACUUGUACGAUGUGGCUUAUUAACAAUAAAAAAAUCUUUCAUUCGUGA